UUGAUCGUCUGCUUGAGCCAGUGAUGAAGUAGAUGAGACAGAGUGAGAUAGAGAGACCAAGAUCAUACAUGAUUUAUACCUUACACUCUUAAUUAUUCUAUCAAGCUAGUAUUUGAACUCAAUAUUAACAAAAUAUGUUGCUGAAAUCUCAAGUAAGAAGUGUUUUCAGAUCGGGAUUAUUUUCUAACAAGGUCGCUAUUGUAACUGGCGGCGGAACGGGCAUUGGUCGAGUUAUUACUCAAGAACUUCUCCAUUUAGGUUGUAAAGUGGUUAUUGCUUCAAGGAACACAGAACGGUUACAGACUGCUGCUGAUGCAUUGAAUGAUUCUCUACCCCAGGACUCCACAGCAUCUAUACAAGCCAUCAAAUGUAAUAUACGCAAAGAAGAUGAGGUUAAGGCUCUGAUGGAAAACACUGUUGCUGGGUACGGUAAAAUCGACUUCCUGGUCAACAACGGUGGGGGUCAGUUUAUCAGUCCUCUUUCUAAAAUAUCUGUGAAAGGCUGGAAUGCUGUGGUCGAAACGAAUCUUACAGGGCCAUUUUUAUGCUGCAGGGAAGCUUUCCAUGCAAGUAUGGAAAAAAAUGGAGGAGUAAUAGUUAAUAUGCUUGGUGAUUUAUGGAGAGGAUUCCCUUCAAUGGCUCAUUCGUGUGCAGCACGAGCCGGAAUCGAAAACCUAACCAAAACUGCCUCUCUAGAGUGGGCACAUCAUGGUAUCAGAAUCAACUCAUUAGCUCUUGGAACAUUCUAUGGAAAGGAAGCGGCAGAGCAUUAUGGGAACAAAAAGUUGUUUGAACUUGCCAUUCCCGCCAUCCCUGCCAAGAGAUUGGGAAUGCCAGAGGAAGUUUCAGCAACGGUGACUUUUCUGCUUUCUCCUGCGGCUUCUUACAUUACUGGUGAGACGAUAAAGGUUGAUGGUGGUAGUAGUUUAUACCAGCUGCCUCUUGGAUUCACGAUAAAAGAUCAUAACAAAAUGUCACCUUACACUUGGGCAACGGAGGAGGAAGAAAACGAGGAUGAUACAGUAUGUACGAGAACAAAGGAAACUGCCUUGUAGGAAGAUAAGAAUGACCUAUAUCAUGUAUAUUGCUCUAAAUCUAGAGGACAUGUCAGAGCAAAAUAAACUACCAAAAGCCUCUAUGGAAAUGAAAAUGACUCUAAAUACAUUUGAUCGAGGGUCAGCAUAGUAUUAAAAGCAACGCGUAUAAAUUUCAAGUUUACUAUGUAUCAAGGUUGUUGUUUAAUAGUUCAAACGAUUAAAAUGUUCAAAUUUCCAGCAUUUCAAAAAUUUAGAAACUAAACAAUUCAAUUAAGCAAGGGCUCCCUGCUGCGAGUCAGAGCAAAGUAAACUGCCUCGUGAAAAUUCUACAAGAUAUAAUGAACAUUAAAAAGGUACUCCAGGCUAAAAUAAUAUGAUUUGAACUGUUGAACGGAUAAUGUAAGACCAGACAAACAAAACACUGAAAUUUUCAUCAAAAUCGGACAAGGAAUAACAAUAGUGUGCAUUAUUUCGGUGAUACAGUUUUAUGCACGCCUUCAGUGCAAUGAGCAAACUAAUGAAAGAUUUAGUGAAAUUUUCAGCAUUUUGCUUUGUGGAUUUAACUCUAAAUCUACAGGAUUUAUCAGACAAGAGUAAUACCUUGUAAAUGGUGGUUGUAAAACAUAAAAUGAGUGUUAAUACAUUUUAAUCUACUGGACCUCAACUGUAAUAAUUAGACCCUUAUCAUAUUUUUCGAAUACAACCUUAUAACCAAUGUAAUCACACCCAGGAAACCGAUCAGUAUUUAGGCCUGUAUCUCGGGGGGGGGGGCACUUCCAUUGACGAGUGGAUACCAUGCGCGACCA